UACGACCUCACUCGGUUUUGCUUUUGCUGUUUUUUUGUUGGCUAUAAAUUGAUUGCAGACUCCACAUCAGCGCUUUAGUUCAAUCGCAGUAAUAACCGAUAUCUGCAACGGUGGCAUGAUCGCAUUUUAGCCGAAUUUAGUUUAUCUUCGAAAUUAGUUUGCGUUUAAAACUAAAAUAAAAACCACUGAGUUGGAUUUUAAAACGCAAAUCUUAAAGUGACGCUUAAUUUUUGAUUUCAAAAAUUAGUUUUUGAAGAAGAAAAAAUGGUUCUAAAGAAGCCGUUAUUCUUUCUGCUGCAUUUAUUGGCCGCACGUCAAAUCGCAGAUCAGAGUGCCCCAGAGUGGGAUUAUCGUGAUACGAAUAGAUGGAUUGCGGAUUACCCGACUUGUGGCGGUGCACAACAGUCGCCGAUAAAUUUGGAUCAUUAUAACUCGGUAGGUUCGCUAAAACCAGCUCUAAAAUUCAGAAACUAUGCACAACCUUUGGCUGGCAGACUCACGCUCGUCAAUAACGGUCAUACUGCUGAUAUCAUGCUACCGGAAACUAUACGUGGACCGCGGCCGACCAUUACGGGUGGUCUAUUGAAUGGCAUCUACGAAGCACAAUCGGUGCACUUUCAUUGGGGCUCACCAGGUGGCGGUAGAGGCUCAGAGCAUACUGUCAAUGGCUACCGUUAUGAUGUUGAAGUGCACAUUGUGCAUAAGAAUAUGAUAUACGGCAAUGUACAGGAAGCCAUGCAGCGUCCAGACGGUUUGGCAGUUUUAGCCAUUAUGAUCAACAUCGCAGAUUUUCCACAAUCCUUCUAUCCGGGUCUGAAUAGGGUUUUUAAUACACUGCCGCGGGUAAGAGCAGCCGAGACGAAUGCAACGAUAAAUAGUCAACUUAGUUUGAACCAUUUCUUGGGUGACGUCGACACUAGAAACUUCUUUGCUUAUCGAGGUUCCCUCACGACACCACCCUGUUCCGAAGCAGUCACCUGGCAUGUCUUCCCAAGACCACUUUUGGUUUCACGUGAUUUGAUUGCAAACUUCUUCGAGCUCCGACAGAAAAACGGCGCGUCUCUAUGGAAUAAUUUCCGACCGCUGCAGGCGUUGAAUAGGCGCGUUGUUUACCGACGUAAGGGCGGUAACUAGAGCAGAGAAAUUUUGUUCGAUUGACAUCAGCACGACAAUGGCAUCCAUUGUUAAAAAUCAGCGCCACCUAUAAUUUAUUUAAUUUAAUUUAAAUAUUUAAUUUAGCAUA